AUGCAGAUUGGUAGCGAGAGCAUAGUGACGACAACGGUCUACACUGUGGCGAUCACGAUCGACCACGAGCCCGACAAGCUGCUUGCAUACAAGUUCGGCGUCGGGCUCUUCAGCAAGAGCUAUAAGAUGCAGGACAGGUACGUGGUGGGACCCCAGCUGGUGAGAGCGCUGGGGGCAAGAACACGUAGACUGGCACAGGCGUGCCCAGACAUCGACAAGAUCGACGAAGUCACCGACGAGGGCAAACUGACAGGAUGGCAACGCGUCUUCGACUUCCUCUUGUCGAAGCUCGACCUGUCCAACGUGAACGAGAUGGGUAACUCUGCGGAGAAGUUCUUCAACAAGCUCCAGCGGGAGCCGGGUGAGGGCUUCCCCGACUGGACGGCGCGCUGGGAGGCGGACGAGCGCGACCUCUUGUCGCAGCUGAAGGCGGUGGACAGCUCGGUCGAGGAGGUCAUCGCAGCGCCUCUGAGGACGUGGUGGUACCUCCGCCGAUCGCGCCUGAGCCCUGUGGCCAGGGGCGAGAUCACCGCUACGGCGGGGGGCGACUACGAAUUCGGCAGUACGUACAAGGCGCUGUGCACGAGGUACCCGCUGGAGGCGCUAAAGGAGAUCGACGGGGUCCGCGAGAAGAAAGACAGGCCCGCGGGGUUCUUCGGCGAGGCCGAGGAGGCCGAGCAGGAGGACCACAACUUCGAGGACAGGUCCGAGAUCGCGGACAUUGUGGGACAGCUGGUGAACUUAGCGGACGAGGAGGACUCGACCCUCUUCGAAGACUCCGAGCUUGUCGACGACUACGAGGACGGCAUCUACGCGGAGUUCAGGCAGCUGGGCAGGAACUUCAAGGACGCAAGGGGCCUCAUCAGGAAGCUCAAGUUCGGACAUUUGGCGAAGGAUUGCCCCGAGAGGACGAAGGACCGCGGCAAGCCACAGCCCAACGAGAUGACCUCGUUUGCGCUUCUAGAGCUCGGCGACCUGGUGCUCCUCUUGGACGACGUGGGCGGCAUCUGGGCGAUCAUUGACUGCGGCGCCACGAGGAGCCUCAUCGGUGUGACGAUGGCCGAGCACCUCAUCUACGACAUGGAGGAGAAGCACAACAUACGGUUCGACGUGGUGGAACGGACGCGGCACUUCACUUUCGGCGACGGCAGGCGCAAGAGCUCGAUGGGCACCAUGACGGGGGCCAUCUUUCUCGGUGACGGCCAGGAGAAGAUCGAGAUCUCGAUCAUGGACAACGAGGUGCCCCUGCUGGUCGGCAUGGACGUGCUGGGACCUGAUCAUACCAACGCCCUCAUCGACUGCGGUAACGGAUACCUGAUGCUGCCGAAGAUCUCACAUCACGUCUUCCAGUGCCGGAAGAUGCCCAGUGGUCACCUCGCCAUCAACGUGACGACUCCGACGUGGUGGCAGAACAUCCCACAGAGCCUCCCGAACAUCGUCGGGAUCACACAGUGCAACGCCAUGGAGGACGAGGCUGAGACGUCCGCGGUCGCGGACGAGGCGGUGCUGGAGCUGGCGCCCGCGGCUGGCGCGGGGGGCAUCUUCGGGACCAUCUUCGGGGACCAAGAGUUCGAGGGCAACGAUCAGAGAAACCGAGACAUCUCCAAGAGCGCAGACUUGUACGAGUACGAAACUCCCGACACGGCGAGCACGUCGACGUCAGCUCAGAUCCAGUCCGAGGCCAGGGGCAUCCAAGGUCGCAAGCGGAACGGGUGUUCGUGCAUGGGGGGCCAGACCCACCCGUGUCGGCUGUGGGAGGCCGGGUACCCGUCGCCGAACUUCGCGCAGAACUACCGUCCACCUCGUCGGAAGAACGACCAGCCACAAGCAGGCCCCCUCGAGUCCUUGAUUCCCAGGCCGGCGAGCCCAGAGGUCAGUUGGCUGUGCAGGUCCGAGGUGAUCUACCUGAUGUGGAGGCGGAUGCUGUCCAAGAUCCUGAAGAGACUGGCGAACGACCCGUCCUCGGAAUCCUUCGAGAUGCUGGACGACUCACCCGAGAAGGAGAUGGCGGUGAUCGACCUCGGUGGAGCUGCCUUCCGAGCUGGGGUACACAACGGGUUCGACAUGGCGACGAAGACUGGAGUACGACGGCUUACUUUGUGGAUUCGGCAACAUCGGCCUCGACGCAUCGUCAUGAGUCCUCCGUGCACCGCGGACUGUCAACUCCAGAACUGGAAUAAGAAGACCCCAGAGGACUGCGAACGUCUACGUAAAAAGGUGCAAAAGGCUCGUCGGAUCCAAGCUGGGUGCGAGACCAUCAUGUCAGUCGGGCUCCAAUUCCGUGGGACCGAGAUCGACCUGGAGCAGCCGCAGAGAUCUCAUAGCUGGGGACGUUCGGAGGCACUGAAGCGCAUCAGGGAGCAGACCUACGAGACGCUGGUGUCUGGCUGUGCUUACGGCCUCCGCUGCCCCCGCCGCGGUCUCCUCUUGCCCAAGGUCUGGAGGAUCUGCUCUACUGACCCCGAGCUGCAGAAGGCCAUCGGCAAGCGCUGCAGUAAUCGCCCUGGUCGGCAUGACAACCACGAGCAUGGUGAGAUCAUCGGGGGGAAAGUGGUAGCGGCCACAGCGUUCUACCCCGAGGCGUUGUGCAAGGUCUGGGCGAAGCACAUUCUGCGUGCCGGAGGUGGUACUACAGCUGAAACCUCAGCUCUCUUGGCGACAGACCAGGACACUGACGAUGGCAUCUUCGAAGGCAUCGACGAAGACGGCGACCUGGAGAUGGAGGAACCGCAGGCGUCAGACGAGGAGCUCGACGAGGAUGACCCCAGGGAGCUCUCCAAGGACGGCGGCACGCUGAGCACCAAGGAGGCCCAGGAGAUAGAGCACCGCCUCAGCCGACUUCAUCGCAAUCUGGGUCACCCCAGCGUCCGAACCAUGUUCAAGAUUUUCAAGAACUCGGGCGCGAGCAUCCAGGUGCUGAAGAUGGUCAAGAAGUUUAAGUGCCAUGCCUGCGACUCCUCGGUGCUGCCGAAGGCCGUCAAAACGGCUGCUGGCAUCGACAUUCCCGAAAUCUUCGAGGUGAUGGGGAGUGACGGUCUCGAGUGGACCGACCCUGUUGACGACGCGACCUACUUGUUCACGCUGAACCUUGACGAGGAGUCUGGACUCACGCAGAUCUUCAACCACGGCGACAAGUCUCAGAGGUCAGGCAACCGAUCAGCAGCGGACCUCCUAGAGACCUGGAGAUCAUGGACGAAUCACUACCGCGCUCCUCGCCUCAUUCGCUGCGACGCUGAGGGAUGUCGUCGAGCGGAACUUACCAAAAGCUGGUGCAGUACGCGCGGGAUCGAGAUGUUCAUCGCUCCUGGCGAGGCGCACUGGCUAAUGGGCAAGGUUGAGCGCAGGAUCCAGCUGUUCAAGCGGACUCUCACUAAGUUCAGGAAGCAGAAUCACGACUGCGACAUCGACGAGGCCAUCAGCCAGGUCACACAUGCGAUCAACGAUCUUGACAAGGUCGGGAACCAUUCGCCCUUCGCACACGCCUUUGGUACUGGAGGCCAUCGGGGCUCAGGCAACCCCUUUGCCAUCGUGGUCGACAGCAACGGAGAGUCCCGGGAGCAGAGGCGACUUCUGGCACGUCAGAACUUCAUUGAGGUGGAGUACUCAGCCGAGCGAAUGGUCGUGGAACUCAACAACAUGGAGAGACGCGGGGCCACCAUGUCCGACUUGAUGGAGGUCGCCCGCCGCGGAACGUUCGAGGACCUCACUAACGAGAGCCGACCACGCAUCCAGAACUUCGAACCGCAGGCGAUCCAGCCGUCCGAGCCACCCGAGGGCAAGCCAACAGUCGAGGACAACGAUGAGGAGCUCUUCUCCCAGAACACCUUCGACGGGAACCGGGGCGGCACCGACUUCGAGCUGAUCGACGAGAACAUGACGGCCUACUUCGAGAUGGUCAAGUCCGAACUUGCGGACAGCCAGGGCGGACGUCGUCUCACUUCUCAGAUUCUGGACUGCUUCGUUGCCAACCAGAAGCGGAAGGAUAAGAUCGAGUUUCACUGGGGAAAGCUUUCCCCCUCCGAGAAGGCUGAGUUCCGCAAGGCCAUGACGAAGGAGGUCGCCAACUGGAAGCAGUACAAAGGUCUCCGUCGUGUACCCGUUUCCGAGAUAAAGGACCCUGCGGACGUGAUCCGGUGCCGCUGGGUGCUGACGCGCAAGAGCGAUGGGACCGCGAAGGCGCGCCCCGUCCUUCUCGGCUACCAGACCAAGGACAUCGGACAGGAGCCGACUGCCUCACCAACGGCCUCGCGCCGCGCUCGGAAUCUACUCCUCACGGUCGCGGCCGCCAACUCCUGGGCCAUCGUCAAGGGCGACGUGCCCAGUGCGUUCCUGCAGGCGAACGACCUGAAGAAGGAUCUCUUCGUGGAAGCCGACGAGGCGCUAUCUGCUGAAUUUGGCGUUCAACCUGGCCAAGUGCUACGCGUGGUGAAGCCGGGCUACGGCAUCGGCGAGGCUCCUCGCAAAUGGUGGCAGACGGUGGAGCAGGACUUCGCCAAGCUGGGAUUGCAGGCGUGCGAUCUCGAACCAUGCCUGUGGAGUCUACGCUGCCCUGAGACCAGGGCGCUGCUGGGGCUCAUCAUGUGCCACGUGGACGACUUCAUUCUCUGCGGUGACCGAGACCAUCCUGCAUGGCGGAAGGCGCUGAAGAGCAUCAAGGACCUCUACACGUCGGGCACCUGGGAGGACAUGGACGACGGGAUCGACUCCAUCGAGCAGUGCGGCGUUACGAUCGUGAAGAAAGAGAAGGGUUUCUUCCAGCACCAGCAGGGCUACAUUGACAAGCUGACGGAGAUCUUCCCGAAGUACCCGAAGGCCAAGAGCGGCGACCGAUUGACCGAGGCAUGCGACUUUACUGUCUUGGACUGGGGAUCUCGCAAGCUCAAGCGGGUUGCCAGGUCCAGCCUGUCCGCAGAGAUCCAGGAGGCCAGCGACGCGGAAGGCGAGCAGAUGAUGGUGCGCCUGGUGCUCUGCGAGGAGGGCGAGACGAUCGUGCGCUGGGUGCAUAGCCAUGCACAGCUGGCCGAUGGCAUGACCAAAGCCAGCCAGCAGGCUUUCAACGUGCUCCACUCUUUCCUGAAGAGCCAGCGCUGGAAGAUCGUUCACGACGAGAGGUUCCUGUCGGCUCGUGCCACGCACUACGAGCUCGAGCAGAUCUCUUUUCCCCCUGUCUGA